AAGUUCCUCUCAAACGCAGACGACAAGAUCCUUCAAAAUGAGAAGCAAUACUUUCAUCACACUCCUGGCAUUCACCUUCCUCCAAACAUCCACAGCUUCGUUGGAGGUAACAGGUCCAUCUGAGGCGAUUCUGGAAGGCCAGGAUGUGACAUUGGAGUGUUUGGAUACAGAAUCGGAGUUGAACAUGAGCACAGUGCACUUUGAGAGGUUCUCCAAGUACAUGAAGAGGUGGUAUCGGCUCGAGUCAGAUCAGGCGUAUUUCUACCGCCGCUGUUUUCUCUAUGACGUGGAUGUGAGAAGGGAGGAAGGCAGACUGCUUCUCUUCAUCGCCAGCAUCCAGUCCUGGUCUGAGGGUCCAUACCGCUGCGUCUCUGAGGACAGUUCUGUAGCAGACAACUCUUCCCAACCCCUCACCAUCCCCAUACACUACAUGCGGGAGGUGGCUGUGCACAGGGCUGGUUUGGGAUAUUUACAACGUUAUUUCAACUCAGUGCAGGACCUCAAAGUACGCUUAGGUGAUGAUGUGGAGCUGGAAUGUUCUACUUCAGCUUCUGAGGCACCUGAGUACGUCUGGGCUAAAGAGGGAGAGGACUGGCUUUUGCCCUCUCAUAAGCUGAAGCUGGUGAAGGUGAGGGAACAGGAUGGAGGGAGAUACACCUGUUCGGCUCAGUCUCCUACUGUGUCUUCUCUCAUGAAGAAACGUACAAUCAGCAUCACUGUUCUACCAGAGGAUGCAGCAUGGUAUGAGACAACCACCGGUCGCACUGUUCUCAUGAUAUGUGGAGUAGGACUGGUCCUUCUGGUGGUUGUGAUAUCCCUGACCACUUACCUCUGCCGCAGAGCCAAACAGAGCAAGAGCAAGGGACCCAUUGAUGACCGUUCCCAGAAGAAACCCAUCUACAGAGCCAGCGUGGAGUCCUUGCCCUCCACCGCUUCUGACAAGCAGCCGCUGGUGUAAAGAGUGAGAUUGAUGGAGGACUGGAGAGGAGAGGAGAGAAAAGAAGACAAGAAAAAGAUUAGGGAGUAUUGGGUAUUCACAGUGGAAGAGAGUUAAUGAGAGUUUUGCACAUAGAUUUUGUUAUGCUCUUGGGUCUUCAUUCAGAUAUAUAAUUAGGAGACUGUCUAUGCAGGGAAUCGAAAAAGUAUACAAAGACGGGAUAAAUGAUGGUUUUACCGUGUGUCCUUUCCAGUGUGGAUGGCAGCAUUGCUCUUCAACAAAAGGUGUGCAAUUUUCUCUGUAUUGAUUCAACAAUCCUGCAAAAUUGAGAAAUGCUGAAAAGAUGUUUUUGUGAGGUGACAUUGAACGUUUCUUUCUUCCCAGCAAUCUUGGGUUGGCUUAUUUCUUCAAACUGAUUAACAUUUCUUUUUAGGAAAAAACUACCGUCUGCAAGCUGUAUGAUCAUUUAGUCAGAUGUAGGAAUUUUUGGGGUAUUGCUUUACAUAAGUAUAUAAUGUUCUGCUUCACUUGAAAGGACAAUAGAUAAGAUCCAAACUAACACUGAACCAAUUACUCUAGAAGCACUUUGAAACUGUUGCACUUUUUUACAAGUUUGAUUUUUCCCAUAUCUUUGAAUUUAAAGCUAUUAAAAUAAUUUUACAACAUAA